AUGUUGACUGAUAAACAGUUGCUUGGAUAUGGCGCAUCGAUAGCCAUCUACAAUGUCUUCUUCCAUCCUCUUCGUCAAUUUCCUGGCCCCAAGCUUUGGGCAAUCAGUCCGUUACCUGCAGCCUUGAAUAUUGCCAGGGGAAGGCCACACAAGAAAAUACUUGACUUACACAAGCAGUAUGGCGAUAUUGUCCGUGUCGGCCCAAAUGAGCUGGCAUGUACACAUGAUGAUGCAUGGAAGGAGAUUUGUGGGCAUUUGAAACAUGGCCAGCCUGAGAAUGGAAAGGAUCCCAAAUGGACCAAUGAAGACGUGGAUCAGAGUCUCAUCUCGGCGAGACGCGAAAGACAUGGACCAUUGCGACGCAUUUUGGCGCAUGCCUUCUCGGCACGAGCCAUGGCCGAGCAGCAGCCAUUCAUCAACGAGUACAUUGACCUGUUCAUGCAGAGGCUGCGUGAGAAUGGCGACAACGGCACUAAGCCAUUGAACUUGACUAAGUGGUACGAGUGGGCAACCUUUGACAUUAUCGGGGACCUGGCUUUUGGGGAGUCCUUUGGCUGCCUUCGUGACUCCAAGUCACAUCCGUGGGUCAACAUCCUUUUCAGUUCCAUGAAAAGUAUCCCUUUGAUGCAGGUCAUGCGCGAAAUGCCUUUCUCUUCGGUCUUCUUUCCCUUCUUUCUAUUUUGCUUUGGUGGGGAGGUGAUGAGAAACCGGCAAACUAGCAUUGACUUUAGUCGAGAGACGCUGAAAAAGCGAAUCGGUCUGGGAAUGAUACGACCUGACUUUGUGGAUGCUAUGCUGAACAACGGGCAAAUGUCAGAGCGUGAAAUGAUUGACACGAGUGUGCUUCUUACCACAGCGGGAUCGGAAACAACUGCUACGACGCUUGUGGCGACAACAUACUUUCUCUGCUCUCACCCGGAUGUUUUGGCCAAGUUGACCGCCGAAGUGCGUUCAACCUUCAAGAGCGAGGCUGAGAUCGAUAUCCACAGCGUCCAGAACUUGCCGUACAUGCUUGCUGUUCUCAAGGAGUCAAUGCGGGUCUAUCCGCCGGUAGCGAUAGCAUUGACCCGUCAGACACCAGUUUGCGGAACACAGAUUAAUGGCCAAUAUGUGGCCGGAGGGGCUAGUGUGGGCAUCUGGCAAUAUUCCGUCUACCACAACCCUUCCAAGUUUCUCUACCCGGACUCGUUUAUUCCCGACCGUUGGCUUGGUGACAAGCAAUUUGCCAAUGAUCACAAGGACCUGCACCAGCCCUUCUCCUAUGGACCGCGGAACUGUAUCGGCAUGAAUCUUGCAUACACUGAGAUGCGUUUGAUACUUGCUCGAAUUAUCUGGAAUUUCGAUUUGAAGAUGGCACCAGAAUCUGAGGGCUGGAUUGAUGAUCAAAAGAUAUUGUUCUUUUGGGAUAAACCUCCGCUGAAUGUACAUUUGAUCCCGCGGAUCAGAAAUUGA